AUGGCUUUGCUGUCUGAUGUUUCCAUGUCAAGUGUGCGUUGGGUCAAAAUACUUCUGACUGCAUCAUGCGUAUUUCUUGUAUACAAGAUUGUGAAAUACUUCACUGGCGAGGUGAGGGAACUACCACCAAACACUACUAACCGACGAGGACUUGGUCAUACUGAAGAAAUGCUAGAUAUUCUUUCCAUGGAAAAAUCUGGCUGGGGGAAUAUAUGCUUGGGAAUAUCUAUAACAUCCAAACAUAGUCUGGUACGCGAACAUGUUCGGGACGCUCUGGUGCUGUUAGCCAAACGACAGCCGAUGCUUCGAGCAGUCAUAGGAACAUUGGCGGACGGGAAUAAAUAUUUUGAGAUCAAGGAAAUCAAUGAAGUGAUUGCAAUGUUCGACAUCACUAUUUCCCUUGUGAAGGCUUCAGACUGGAAAGAGGUCUGGUUCGAAUAUACAGAAAAACAACGAGCAAAUGGUCUGUUAUGGCGAGUUGUGAUAUUACAAGAGCAAUUCAUGCCAGACACUGAAGAUUACGUUAAUACAUUAAUGUUUAACUUCAGUCAUGCAUGUGUUGACGGCGUCUCUUCUGUGAAGUUUUGCAAGCAGUUUCUUAAUAAUAUGAAUGAACUUGCAAACGGCACUGGCUGGGUUGACCAGCAAAUCUCCAGUCUAGAUCUGAUGCCACCAUUCCACGAGAUUGUCACACGGGGACGAAUUUGGCACUCAUUAUUUAAUUUUAUGCUGGCUUCUUGCGACCUACGACCGAUUUUGAAAUUUUGUGUGGAAAGAUUGUUAGGUCACUUCAUAGAAAAGAAGAGGAAUAAUCCGUACUACGAGCAGUUCCCACCAAAUCCACAUGUCCCUAACACACCCAUACCGAGUCGACUGAAUGUAAAGGUCUUCACUGGGGGCGAAACGAAGGAUAUUAUUCAAGCCUGUAAAGCAAAUAAUUGCACUGUAACUGGCGCUAUCACAGCAGCGGCACAUUUAGCCUUUUGUGAGCUUAUACAAGACGAUAAAUCGAAAAAUAUGGAGUUAGAGUCCCUCUUUGCUAUCAAUGGUCAACGCUUCUGUGAUCCAAAACCGCACGACGAUUACCUGGGUUAUUUUGUGUAUGUCAAUAAGGACUUUUACAUGAAGUAUGUAGCAGGGGCGGGUGUUGACUUUUGGAAGUUAGCCAAAGAGACUACUCGGCGAAUAAAAGAAUUUGUGAGGAAAGAAGUAUGGAAAGCCAUAGCUGUCUUAAGUGAUCAAACGGCAUUUUGUUGGGUGCUUUUCGCAUUAUACGCUGUGCUUUCACCAUUAUACGCGGUGGUUCUAGCAUUAUACGCGGUGCUUUGAGCAUUAUACGCGGUGCUUUCACCAUUAUACGCGGUGGUUCUAGCAUUAUACGCGGUGUUUUGAGCAUUAUACGCGGUGCUUUCAACAUUAUACGCGGUGGUUCUAGCAUUAUACGCGGUGCUUUGAGCAUUAUACGCGGUGCUGUCAACAUUAUACGCGGUGGUUCUAGCAUUAUAUGCGGUGGUUCGAGCAUUAUACGCGGUGCUUAAAUCGUUAUACGCGGUGGUUCGAGCAUUAUACGCGGUGCUUUCGGCAUUAUAUGCGGUGCUUACACCAUUAUAUGCGGUGGUUCUAGCAUUAUACGCGGUGGUUCGAGCAUUAUACGCGGUGCUUUCGGCAUUAUAUGCGGUGCUUACACCAUUAUAUGCGGUGGUUCUAGCAUUAUACGCGGUGGCUCGAGCAUUAUACGCGGUGCUUUCGGCAUUAUAUGCGGUGCUUAUAUCAUUAUACGCGGUGGUUCGAGCAUUAUACGCGGUGCAUUCAUAAUUUGCAUCAUUAUGUGGUAGUGAGCCAGUAUGUUUGGACAGCGGUUAAUAUUUAUUUAGUUAUCAGUCCACAGGUGGCCCAAACUCUGAAUGGUCUAUAUAUUUUGAAUAUUAUACGGAAUAUUUAUACGUUAUAAUCUCUGCGUUGUAAUAUUUAACGAAAUAAUUAAAAAAAAUAUCAACAAUAUACCGGGUGUCCCCAAAAAACUAUAUCUAUUAUAUUAAAGCUAAAACUGAACGGUUUAGAAAUAGUUUUAUCCCAUAUGCAAUUAGAACUUAUUCGUAGUUUUAAAUUAACGUUUUAAUAAUUUUAUAUUUUCUUAUAUAGCUUAUUUUGA